UGUCCGCACAUGUAUGUUCCAACUGCUCCGACGAGCUCAUGGACUUUGCAUGCCGUCUUCUUCCUACUUCUCGCGUCUCGUAGAUCGCUCCUUGCUCUCAAAGUCUCCGACUUUAUCCAGAAUCGUGCAUGCCCAGAUCGUCAAAGUUGGAUUCAUACCCAAUACUUAUUGGGGAAAUCGCUGUCUUCAACUCUACUUCAAAUCCGGAUCUGUCGUCGAUGCAUUGCAACUGUUCGACGAUAUUCCUGAUAAGAACACUAUAUCCUGGAACGUUUGCUUAAAGGGUUUAUUAAAAAAUGGUUAUUUUAACUAUGCCCUAGAAGUGUUCGACGAAAUGCCUGAACGAGAUGUUGUUAGCUGGAACACAGUGAUUUCAGGGUUGGAUUUUUGUGGGUUUCCUGAGUAUGGGAUGAGGGUUUUCUUGGAUAUGAAGAGUUUGGUUGUUCGACCAAGUGAGUUCACUUUUUCGAUUUUGGCUUCUCUUGUUUCUUGUGUUGGCCAUGGGGAGCAGAUUCAUGGUAAUGCUAUUUGCAGUGGCGUGAGUAAGUCUAAUUUGGUGGUUUGGAAUUCAGUUAUGGAUAUGUAUAGAAGACUAGGAUUUUUUGAGUAUGCUUUAUCUGUUUUUUUAACUAUGGAGGAGAGAGAUGUUAUCUCGUGGAACUGUUUGAUUUUGUGUUGUUCUGAUUCUGGUAAUAAAGAAGUGGCUUUGGAUCAGGUUGGUUUGAUGAUGGAAAUGGGGAAUGGACCGGAUGAGUAUACAGUAUCGACGGUUUUGUCGAUAUGCUCGGAUUUACGAGAUUUGUGCAAGGGUAAGCAGGCUAUUGCUCUUUGCAUCAAGAUGGGAUUUUUUGGUAACUCUGUUGUUUUGGGAGCUGCGAUUGACAUGUUUUCUAAAUGCAAGAGAUUGGAUGAUUCGGUUAAGCUUUUCAGAGAGUUGGAGAAAUGGGAUUCAGUGUUGUGCAAUUCCAUGAUCGGUAGCUAUUCGUGGCAUGGUUUUGGAGAAGAUGCUCUCAGGCUCUUUAUUGUUGCCAUGAGGCAGAGGAUUAGGCCUGAUAAGUUCACGUUCAGUAGCGUUCUGAGCUCGAUGAAUGCUGUGAUGCUAGAUCACGGAGCACAAGUUCAUUCUUUGGUUAUCAAAUUAGGGUGUGAUCAGGACACGGCAGUAGCCACCUCACUCAUGGAGAUGUACUUUAAAACCGGUUUAGUUGAUUCAGCAAUGAGAGUGUUUCCCACAACAGAUGCAAAAGAUUUGAUCUUUUGGAACACAGUGAUAAUGGGUUUGGCAAGAAACAUCAGAGCAGCUGAGUCACUUGCUGUUUUCAAUCAAUUGCUGAUGAACCGAGUUCUGAAACCUGAUAGAGUGACUCUACUGGGUAUCUUGGUAGCUUGUUGUUAUGCCGGCUUCGUUAACCAAGGAAUUCAGAUAUUCUCUUCAAUGGAAAAGACUCAUGGAGUUAAUCCAGGAAACGAGCAUUACGCCUCUUUAAUCGAAUUGCUUUGCAGAGCAGGUAUGAUCAAUGAAGCAAAGGACAUUGCCGAAAACAUACCUUUUGAACCAGCCUCUGAUAUCUGGGAACCAAUUCUCUAUGCAUCUCUUGAUCUUGGAGACACAAGACUCGCUGAAACCGUAGCGAAAACAAUGUUAAAAUCCGAACCAAAUUCAUCGUUUCCCUAUCUAGUUCUGAUCAAGAUAUACGAGAUGACAUUGCGCUGGGAAAAUUCAGUCAAGGUAAGAUACGCCAUGAAUGAACAAAAGAUGAAAUCGUCUCAAGGAUCAAGCAAGAUCGGUAUAAAGAGCAGUGUGUACAGCUUCGAAGCUGGCCAGUUGCAAAUUCAUGGAGGUCAUGAGACUUACACAGUCUUGGACUUGUUGUCUUGGGAUUUUGAUGAUCAGCUGCAUAACAGUUUUCACUAACGAGAUUUACAUUUAGUAGUAAGUGAUUUUUUCAUCUACUUUAACCUCAUGGCUCAGGAUGUAUAAAUAAAUCAUGAAAUAUUUCAAUAUUUUUUCCACUAAAUUAAAAAGUUAAAUAUAUUGCACAGUAAA